AUGAAACAUGAAGUUCAUACAUUCCUCCAGCAUGAUAAACAGGCUCUCAGUUGGGGUUACGAUAAGCGUCAGCUAAUUGAGGCUAUGAUGAUGAUGAAAACAAAAAGUUAUGCAAACUUGGAUCUUAGACUUUGUAAAUAUAUUUUGAGGACUUAUGUAUCAGUUUUAAGAAAAUUAUUGGUUUCGGCUACUAUUCUUCCUUUGAUAGAUUAUUGUUCGGUUGUACUAAUCGAUUCAAAUGCUGAAAAUGAUUUAAAACUGCAGCGUGCAGUAAAUUGUGCAAUAAGGUUUAUUUUUAAUAUCAAACGAGAUGAACAUAUAACCCCUUAUCGAUUUAAAUUGAAAUGGUUAUCGGUUAAAUCGAGAAGAAUAUAUUUUCUGGCUACAUAUUUCUAUAAAUUGUUAGAUACUGGAAAACCUAUUUAUUUAAGGAAAUUAUUUAUAGAAGACGAUGCUAGGCGCUCUGAAAGAUUAGUGAGUAAAAAUAACAAUGUAAAUUACUUAAUUCCUAGUUUUUCUACUUCACAUCUUGAGCAUUCAUUUUUAAUUUCGGCAAUACGUCUAUGGCAAAAGUUACCAGCUGAUAUAGCAGCUGCAACUACCUUGGAAAUAUUUAAAAAGAAAAUGUAUGAUUAUCUUAUCUCUUCUGACUUCUAA